GGGCAGUAAAAUCAGUUGAAGAUGGGCGGUCGAGGUGCGAGGCGGACCCUGUGGGCCUUCAUGGUCCUGACACUUGCCCCCGGAGGGUCUCUAGCCCAGUUCACGGUGGAUAGCAAUGGAUAUGGACUGGGCCUGAUGGAGUCGGUGGCCACGGCCCUGAACUCGGCCAGCCUGGCGCUGGCCAACAGCUCCGCCUGGCCGCCGCAGCACGAUCCCCUGGAGGAAGUGGAGUCCUACGACUAUAUUGUGAUCGGAGCUGGCAGUGCCGGGUCCAUUGUGGCCAGCAGACUGAGCGAGGGGUGCGGGGCGAGGAUACUGCUCCUGGAGGCAGGCCAGCUGCCACCGCUGGAGUCGGAAAUGUUCGCCCUGAGUGGCUCCCUGCACCAGGACGAGCGGUACAUGUUCCUGGACCGGGCGGAGGAGAACCCGAACUGCUGUCGGGCCAUGAAACCGCCGCUGGGCUGCUCCUGGUGGCACGGACGCAUGAUGGGCGGCACGGGGGCCAUCAACGGGAAUAUAUUCAUCCCCAGUACUCCCAGGAACUUCGACAGGUGGAACUCUAGCCUCUGGAGCUGGUCGGCGGUGCAGGGAUCCUACAGGAGACUCCUCGGAGAGCUGAACCUCUCCUACUUCGAAGUGGACAGACUGAACUCCAAGCUGGCCAAUCUGGUGUACUCCGGUGUCCAUGAGUAUGGCAUUCCCAAGGUCCAGAAGCCACUGAUCUCGGGCUCCAGUUACGGGUACACCCACCGUGUGCCAGUGACCUUGAACCAGGCGCGCCGGGCCAGCAGUGGGCGGCUGUACCUGGCCAGGGAGGGAGUGAAUCGGAGGACCAACCUGAAGGUGGUGCGCGGGGCGGAGGCCCAGAGGAUCCUCUUCCAGGACAACCGAGCCAUUGGGGUUACCUACUCCCUGAACUCCAGACUGUACACCGCCAGGGCCUCCAGAGAAGUCAUCUCCAGUGCUGGGACCCUGAACUCCGCCAAGAUGUUGCUUCUCUCGGGGAUUGGGCCGCGGGAGGAGCUUCAGAAAUGGGGCAUACCCCUCGUCAAGGACCUGCCAGUCGGCCUGAACCUUCAGGAUCAUGGCAUGCUGCCCUUGUUCCUCGUCUUUGGCAGAAACUGCGAAGUAAACAGUACCAUAGUGGGAGUGGGCCAGCCCAGUGAUCCCCUUUCGGUGACCAAGUACCUCCUGGAGAGCCAUCAAGGACCUCUGGCCACUGGCUUGUCCAUGAUGGGCUUCAUCAACGCCCGGUUGCCCAAGUCCCGCUCCGCAGAACCCGAUCUUCAUGUUGUGGCUCACACUCUCCUGCCCAAGGGCAGUACCGGCAGCUUCGGGUAUCUCGGCUUUCGGGACGAGCUGGUGGAGGCUCAGAAGGACAUCCUACAGGACGCAGAUCUCCUGCAGAUCAUGGGCUCCCUCCUGAAGCCCCUGGCCAAGAGCAGAGUCCUCUUGCGAAGUAGAAACCCCUCGGACUCUCCGAAAAUCGAAAAUCAUUACGGAGAGAGCCCCAAGGACCAGGAGACUCUUCUUCACUUUGUGAGGUUCAUCCAGGACCUUGCCAGGACUCCCUCCUUCAGCCGCUGUGGCCUCCACCUGUGGCUUCCCCCGCUCCCCGAGUGCCAGGACCAACCACCCGAUUCGGACAGCUACUGGCUCUGUUACAUCCGGAGUUUCUACGUCGGAGCCUGGCACUCCGUGGGCACUUGUCGUUUGGGACAAGGGGGCGUGGUCGAUGAGAGGUUAAGGGUGCGGGGGAUCAGGGGACUGCGGGUGGUGGAUGCCAGCAUAAUGCCGGAACUGCCAGCCGGGAAUACCAACGGACCCGCCAUGAUCAUCGGGGAGCGGGCCGCCCAACUGAUCCUGGAGGAUCGCCGGGAAAACAAUGAAGUAUUCCAGCAAUCUUAAGUCUUUUUUUAAAUUAAGAUUAUAUUGUUUUUAAUACUAACUUACCUAAAGCAUAAAGUAUUCCCCCCUUUGUGCUUAGUCUGCAAUAAAUAUUUUUUUAAACACG